AUGGCGGGAAACGAAGAGCUUCUGCUUGUUGCUUUGCUGGCCAAAAAGAAAUCGAAGAGGCGCUCUGUAGAGAGGAAGGUGCAUGUACAUCCCAUGUUGUUGUCAAGAAUGAGCACAGGAGCGCAUCAUACACUUUUCAAUGAUUUGUGUGCUGAUGAAAGGAAGUUUUUCAACUAUUUUUGUAUGAGCAAGCCGUCAUUUGAAGAACUUCUCAGCUACGUCAGGAGAGACAUCACAGGAACUACCACAAACAUGAGAGAAUGCAUUGCACCAGACGAGAAGCUUGCUGUAACUUUGAGGUAUCUGGCCACCGAAAGAUUUUGGUUGGAAAUUGCAGCUCAGUUUUACCAAAAGACUGAUUUCCCUCAUUGUCUUGGUGCCUUAGAUGGGAAACACAUCAGGGUAAUCAAACCAGAGAAUAGUGGCUCUUUGUAUUAUAAUUACAAGAACUACUUUUUGAUUUUGCUUCUUGCUGUAUGCGAUGCAUCACACAAAUUCAUAUUUAUUGAUGUAGGUGCAUAUGGGAAGUCUUCUGACACAACUGUGUUCAAGGAGAGUAAAAUUUUCAGGAAACUUGAAAAUCAAACCCUGAAUGGUCCUGCUCCACAAGAAUCGUACUCAGGCUUUGGAACACCCAUGCCUUUUGUAUUUGUGGCUAACGAAGCUUUUGGACUAUCCCAACACAUUCUGCGCCCAUAUGCUGGUAAAUUUUUGAGUCAAAAGAAACGCAUCUUCAAUUACAGACUUUCACGAGCUCGCAGACUCAUUGAAUGCUCAUUUGGAAUCCUUGCAAACAAAUGGCGCAUCUUCCAUCGACCACUCAAUGUAAGCCUAUCACUGGCAGAGGACAUCAUCAAGGCGUGUUGUGUUUUGCAUAAUUUUGUAAGAGACAGAGAUGGCGUUCGAAUUGAGGAUACUUUAACCGUGGAAGGGCUCUUUGAUAUGGAACCUGCUGCAGGGCCAACUUCAAGACUUGCCAGCCAUUUGAGAGACAAAUUUGCGGACUACUUUGUCAGUGACCAAGGUGCACUUCCAUGGCAGUUACAACGUAUCUAG